UAGGAGCGAUAUGGCAGCACUUUCACUAGCAGGAUUGUGCAUCUUUGGUCUGUCCAUUGGUAUCGUGCAUUGUGCUUCGCACAAUUGCGACGAACAGCAGAAAUGGCAUCACUGUGGUGGAGAUCACUCAACAGCAUGCUCAUAUCUGGUCCAUACCCGCCACCACCGCCACAGUUACGAGUACUUCUGUACAUGCGCUGAUAACUACGUGGGACGCAUGUGCCAAUAUAAUGCCUGCAGUGGCCAUAACCAUUGUCAAAACAACGGACAAUGCUACCAAGAGAACACCCAGAAACAUUGCUAUUGUGGCAACACGGACUAUGUCGGUACUUUCUGCGAAUACAGAAGUUGCUCUGCACAUCAACACUGUCAUAGCCACGGCACAUGCUACAUAGCUGACGACGGUCAAAACAAAUGUUGGUGCUCCGAUUCACGUUUCGGGGACAACUGUGAAUUUGGUAAAUGUACUGACCAGUCCUACUGUUCCAACCAAGGCAUCUGUUACCACGACUGGAACGACCAGUACAGAAAAUGCUCUUGCAGCGAGGGGUUUACCGGUGCACAGUGCGAGUUGAACAUAACUCCUUCAACUACCACUACAAUAACAACCACCACGACCACAACUACGACUACAACAACACAGCCUACUACGACUGUAUACAUUGGAUACCUCCACUGCAACAAGUACUCAACCGUUGCGGACCUUGCCCACACAGCGCCAGUAACCAAUCAGAACGCACCUGAGUGUGUACACUCACAAAGCCACGCAUCCUCAGAAGCCCUCGUAAUGCAUGAUUGUAAUGUCACCACAUCAGACACUUGGCAGAAAGGACAAAGGGUCUGGGGUAACUGUGCGUCUAUCCCAGCCUAUACUGCCAUCGGCACAUUUGUUUUGGACACUUUCCCGACUGGACAAGGACUAGCCGGAGUGUUUCUGGAAUGCCUACCCAAUGGAUUUAAGGUGGCAAUUCAGACAUGUGACCAAUCCCCUAAGAUAAUGCACAUCGAGGCGGGUGGAGUCGGUUUGCUGGAUCCCGAAAUGUACUUCACCAUUCAAUAAACACUGACUCGCAUGACCCUGUUAUAUUACUUAACUGUUGCAAAUAUUCUUUAAAAAAAACUGAUUUCUCUGGAUCUGGUCUUAUGCAAUAAACUAAAAUAAGAUGAAA